AUGGAUAUUUUGUUGCAAAAAAAUGUCAUGGAUUGUGGAGAUGUUUUGAAAGUGAAAGUAAACAAAUUAACAUCAAUAAAGACCCAGCUCCCAUACUCAUAUUAUUCACUUCCUUAUCCUGCACCCAAAAAAAUACAAGAUAGUGCAGAAAAUCUUGGGGAAGUGCUUCGCGUUGACCGCAUUGAAAAUUCACUCUAUGUGAGUACAGAUAAACAAAUUCCACAAGUGCGCUUUUAUGAUCAUCAGCGAAUUGCAGAUGUGUUAAAUAAUGAACGCAACUCGAAAACAAUGCUCACACAAUUCUUUGCAUUGAAUCUACGAGAUCCACAAGCAAGAAAGUAUCUGUAUAGAGAGAUUCCAGAGCAUUAUUGUUGGAACAAGCGGGAUAUGGAAUGGCAUCGUAGGCGAUCAACAAGAAAAGUUAUCAGGAGAAUCUAUACGGUAUCACCUUCAGAGGGAGAUAAGUUUUACUUGCGACUGUUGUUAUCGCAUGUCACAGGUCCAACCAGCUGGGAGUAUCUUCUUACAAAUAAUGGCAUGACUUUCAGUACAUUCAAAAAAUCAGCCGAGGAUAGGGGAUUUCUAGAGACUGUUCAUAGUAUUCGUGAUUGUUUGGUUGAGGCUACGAGUCUCCGAAUGCCAUAUGCUUUACGAAGGUUAUUCGUGACAAUUUUAAUAUUUUGUGAACCUACUGAUGUUAGAGCCCUUUGGAAUGAGUUUUUUACACAUAUGGUAGAGGAUUAUCAAACAACUAACAAUGUUGUGGAAUCAAACUUAACUAAUAUGUUGUUGAAGGACUUGAAUGAACUCUUAAACCUGCACGGUAAAAAGAUUGAUGAUUAUGAUCUCCCAUCUUUACCCCCUAAUACAAUAGACAGGGGUGCAGUUCCAAGUAUCAUACAAGAGGAGUUAGCGAUCGAUAUCCCCAAUGAAGAUAUUGAAUCUAUUGCUAUGUUAAAUAAUGAUCAAAUGAUUGCAUUCAACACCAUUAUGAAUGUAAUUGUUCAAAAACACAGUGGAGUAUUUUUUGUUGAUGGUCCAGGAGGAACAGGUAAAACAUUCCUUUAUAGAACAUUAAUGGCAAGUUUAAGAAGUAGAGGAGAAAUUGUCUUAGCAACUGCAUCAUCUGGUAUAGCUGCAACAUUGUUACCCGAUGGUAGGACUACACACUCUCGAUUUAAGAUACCUAUUGAUAUUCAACCGAGUUCCAUUUGUGGUAUUGAAAAGCAAAAGGAUCUUGCAAAUCUCAUUAGAGUUGCUGCCGCAAUAAUUUGGGAUGAAGCACCAAUGACAAACAAAAAUUGUUUGGAAGCCUUAGAUCGAUCAUUACAAGACAUUUGUAGCAACAAUGCUCCAUUUGGUGGAAAAGUUCUGAUCAUGGGGGGGGAUUUUCGUCAAGUCCUUCCUGUUGUAAGAAAAGGUACUAAGGCACAAAUGAUUUCAGCGUGUAUUGUUCAGUCUCAUUUAUGGAAUCAUACCAAGAUUUUGCAUUUGCGUCAAAAUAUGCGAUCAUUGCAUGAUCAAGAGUUUGCAGAAUUUCUUAUUCGCAUUGGUGAUGGUGUCGAACCUACCAAACCAGAUGACAUGGUGAGGUUACCUUUACAUAUUGCAAUCCCAUGGGAAGGUGAACAUUCCAUACAAGUACUUAUCCAACAUAUUUUUCCUGAUCUAGAAUUGCAUGGUUGGGAUGCCCCAUAUAUGGUACAAAGAGCUAUUUUGACACCAACAAAUGAUGAUGUCCAGAAAUUGAAUGAUAUGAUUAUCGAUCAGUUUCCAGGAGAAGAACAUAAUUUGUUAUCGUUUGACGAGGUUGAAGGAGAUAAUCAUAAUUUAUACCAGCAAGAAUUCUUAAACUCAAUUGCACAAGGUAGUUUGCCACCUCAUAUUCUAAAGAUAAAAAAGGAUGCACCAUUGAUGUUGUUACGAAAUCUAGAUCCUAGAUAUGGAUUGUGUAAUGGGACCCGGUUAUUAUGUCGUGGUUUAUUUAUGAAUAUGUUGGAUGUGGAAAUCAUGACAGGAAGCAACGCAGGAAAACAUGCUUUUUUUAGAAAGCAGUUUCCUGUGCGACUAAGUUUUGCAAUUACAAUAAAUAAAUCACAAGAACAAACCAUUCCAAAUGUUGGAAUAUAUCUUCCACGACAUGUUUUUAGUCAUGGACAGUUAUAUGUGGCUUUAUCCAGGGGUGUUUCACAGACUACAACAAGAGUUUUAACCAGGGAAGGAAAAUUGAAAGGAGAAGAUGGUGACUACACAAAAAAUGUAGUCUACAAACAAAUUCUUUUAUCGCACCCGCAGAUAACAGACUUUGAAGAUAAAUGGAACACGUGGAAGGAUGAACAAAGUAUUUCAUCCAUCGGCAAACUCGACAAUAAGGUCAAACGUUUGAAAAUUUACUCCAUCGGUUGGAGCUCCACGGUGAUAACAGAUAAAACACAACUUUGGAAAAUGGUGAAAAGAGAAAUAAUAUCUCAAAGGAUGGAGAGAAAUUCAGGUAAUUCAGAAACAAGUCAUAAUUGUUGUUCUACGAAAUCUAGACUAAAACAAAGUAUCUCCAUUCUCCAGUUUUUUAAAUCUCAAGAGCGCAUUGAUAAAGGGAUGUACGAAGAAUUGAUUCGAAUCUUUAUAAGGGAAAAAUAA